AUGAGUGAUUCAGACGAUCAAGAGGAGAGAGAUAACUUGGCCGCGAGAGAGAUCGCGCUGGCCGAGCAGCACGAAGAUCCGCCGGAUCCGAACGCCGCGCACAAUCGCGCCAAUGAUGGAGCGCGACACAAUGAAGAAGUCAUGGGAGACUUCGAUUCCAAUCCAACACUAAUCGAUCGGAAUCCCAUCCAGCCGCCACUUCCUGAAGGAAGAAGCUAUGAGAUUUCACCGGAGAUCAUUGGGAAGGCUUUGCGCUGGGUUAAGUCUCUUCCAGCUCAAUCCAUAACCACAUGGAAAGAGUACAAGGUGGCAUUCCUAGGUCACUUUUUCACAAAGCAAAGAGCAAACUUGUUGAGAGAAAAGAUCUCUAGUUUCCAACAAGGGCCGGUGGAGCCUUUUCAUGAAGCAUUGGAGCGCUUCAAGGACUAUACAAGAGAGUGUCCUAACCAUGGACUAUCUGAGGGCAGUCUAUGGAACAUUUUCUACAGAGGAAUAAGUGGGAAGUGUCGAUUUUCUCUUGAUACAGCCAGCAAUGGAAAUUUCAUGACCAAGACAGUUACUGAAGCAAAGAUUUUGAUUGAAAAUCUAGCCUCAAGCGACAGUGACAACUUCAUUGGGCAUGAGAGAGCAGUGAAGGCCAUAAAUUCUGAUCCAUACAGAGAUGGAUACAGCGAAAUCAAAGCCAUGAUGGCUGAGAUACUGAGAAACCAAGGAAGAGAAGUGGAGAGACAAAGAGAAGCUUAUAGAGUUGAAUCCACAAUAAUUCAAGAUUACUUUGGAGAUUUGAUUCCAAGUUUCAAGAAGAAGUAA